AUGUCCUCUUCAAAUUCUGAGAAGCAAUCUCUCAUCAAUGACCGAUACUAUACGAAAUAUGACGAUCUCCUCUCCGAAGCCAGCUCUUUCGACGAGCUAGAUAUAUCUUCGUCGGGCUGGAAGGAAGGCAUGCAACCAACACUUCGAUUCUCCAAGAUUGAAGACAUUCCAGAUAAGGUGAAAGAAGCCCUACAAAAGAAGCAGCAUUAUUAUGGAGCACAAUACAAUCCAAAGUUUGGAUUUUAUUUCUAUGAGACACCUUCAUUGGACAAUUUAAGCAGCCAACAAGCCCUAGAAUCCGUCGAUGUUGGUUCAGUCAUUAUUGAAAAUCAUUUUGAUCUCAAAAACAAAGGAGAAGAUUUGUGCGAAGCAUGUCACGAACUUGGAGAAAGCAGAACCUUAUUCGAAAAGGUUAAAUGCAAGGCCUGUCACAUAUGGGCUGAAUUUUUGGAUCAAUGUGAAUGGAGAGAAAAAUCCAAAGGAGAAAAGUUAUUCUUUCUACUCGUAUCUCCCAGUAUUUUGAUUAGAAAUUUAACCAUUCCCAAAGCAGAUCCUAACGAAUGGAACAAGCUUUGGGCAGUUUUGAACCCAAUUUUUAUGCCUCCAUUCAUGUUAUUUGCUCUAGGUUAUUUGAAUGUGAACGUUCCCAAUUCUGAAUUUCCAUUGUGGGCGCUACUAGCUUUGAUUGGUCUUGUCUUUUCUGUACUGAUCUUUUUCACAUCUAAGACAAGCAGAAAACCCAAGUAUCACAUUUUAAUAGUAGGCCUGUCAUUCAUCAUGUCCGUAGUAUGGAUUUACACCAUUGCCAAUGAAUUGGUCGACGUUUUGAAUUCUUUUGGAAUUAUGUGGAACAUGAGCGACUCGAUUCUCUCCAUUGCACUUUCUGCUGGAAACAGUUUGAGUGACAUGGCUGCUGACAUUGCUGUUGCAAGACAAGGAUUUGUAGAGAUGGCCGUUGCUGCAGCCCUGGCGUUCCCAACUACCACUUCGCUGGUGUAA